CCUCCUCCCUGGCUGGGGUUAUCUGUAGGUCUCUGUGUAUGUGGUCUGAAGCAUCAGUUAUGAAUUAUUUAGUUCUGUGUGCAAGGUAUUAAAGUGCACUGUAUUUAAAGUCAGUUCCAGCACUGUCAUGGGCUUUCUUUGAGAAUGAAAACAUCUUGAAAGGAAAACUGUCAGGUUGUUCCUGAGUCCCUUUUGGUCAUGCUGUGAUGGGAACUCAGUGGUCUACCUGAAGAGUACUCAGCAGUAUCCCUGUGAUGCCUUCUUUUGGGCUGGCUCUGCGUGUGCCUGCUGGUGUAGGCAGGUGAUUCCAGUACAGCUUUACAGGUGAAAGAGGAGGUUAUUGAAAUGAAGGAUGUAUUUUCAGUGAAAGUGAAGCGUCGCCGUUUUGUUGGACAGAAGAAAGGUGGUACUUUGUUGGGUAUCACUGUUUUUAAAUGCUUGCAUAAAGAAGAAAAUAAACUAACAGACUGUGCUAUCCACUUGAAUAACUUCAGUGAAGACCAUUGUCAUUCAUGGUUUAGAUGUCUAAAGGAAAUUUUGAACGGGUUUCAAAAUAGGCCAAAAUCCUUGAAAGUAUUUGUUAAUCCAAGCAGCCACAAAAGAGAAGCCACUCAUAUUUAUUAUGAACAAGUGUCACCUCUUUUUAAACUUGCUGAUAUAAAAACUGAUGUCACAGUAUCUGAAUAUGAAGGACAUGCUCUGUCAAUACUUAAAGAAUGUGAACUCCAAGCAUUUGAUGGAGUAGUUUGUGUUGGUGGAGAUGGAUUUGUCAGUGAAGUUGCUCAUGGUCUGCUACUUAAAGCCCAGAUAGAUGCUGGAAAGAGCACAGACUUCAUAUCGGCACCUGUCAGAGCACCAGUCCCUCUUGGAGUGAUACCAGCAGGUACUACUAAUAUUUUGGCCUACACUCUCUAUGGCAUCAAACAUGUGGUGACUGCAACGCUGCACAUUGUAAUGGGUCAUAUUCAACCAGUAGAUGCCUGUACUUUCAGUACUCCAAGCAGGCUUUUGCGUUUUGGGUUCUCGGCUAUGUUUGGUUUUGGUGCAAGGACUCUAGCUUUGGCUGAAAAGAACCGUUGGAUGCCCUCCAAUCAGCGAAAGAACUUUGCUUUUAUCAAAACACUGGCAGAUCUCAAGACUGAGAAAUGUGAAUUAUCAUUUCUACCUGUACAAAUUCCACAGGAAGACUCUUAUGAGAAUGACAGAAAGAAAAAAGGAAAAAACAAAAAAAAAGGUAGCAAGGAUCAGUGGCACAAAAUUCAGGGUGACUUCCUGAACGUGAGCAUUAUGGCAAUCCCUUGUCUGUGUUCAAUGGCACCAAGAGGCUUGGCACCUAAUACGAGGUUAAAUAAUGGAAGCAUGGCUCUGAUUGCUGUACGGAAUACCUCCCGCACUGAGUUUAUAAAACACCUGAAAAGAUAUGCCAGUGUAAAAAAUCAGUUCAGUUUUCCCUUUGUUGAGACAUACACAGUUCAAGAAGUAAAAGUGCAACCAAGAAUUGAAAGUGGGCUUGAUGCUGAAGAAAACACUGCUGCAGAAGAAAAUUACCCUUGGAAUAUAGAUGGGGACUUAGUAGAAGCAUCAGAAGUUCAUGUUCGGGUGCAUCCUCAACUUAUUAAUCUCUAUGGAGUGAACACUGAUGAUCUGGAGAGUUCCAAAGCAACGUGCAAUUGCAUAUAGAAGGGAUACACUGAAUGUUCUUUAUAAGUCCCUGUCACACCUGUAUGCUCUUCUUUCUAUGUCCCAUUCUUGCACUUAUUGAACUCAGUUGUAAAAGGAAGGAUGUUUAUUACAUUUCUAGUUUAAAAUUUUUAUCAAAUUAUAUAUUUUUAUUGUUAUAUUUACUGUGAAAAAACUUUAUUAGGCUUAACAAGAAAAAAAUGAAAAAAAUGAUUAAAUGGAUUUCUUUAAUAAAUUUUGGGUUCUGAAAUAAUCUGUCCUUAUAGAUGGAAAGUCUUUUGUUUUCUUGAAAAUUGUUCAGGCUUCUGCAGUAUAUCUAAUAUGAAGUAUUUUUGAGUUUGCUGUUGUUACCAUUUUGUCGGGUUACUCAGUUCAAACAGAACUAGUGAGUGGAGAUAAGAUAGUCCUCACACUGAAGAGUAGUGGCAAAGCGUAGAUCAGGUAUUUCCAGUUCUAGGAAUCACUUACAGUGUUUCCUUAAUGUUUGUUUUCAAAUUGGUUUCUAGUCAAACAGUAAAAAAAGAACAUGGUGACGUGUAAUUUUUGUUGAAAGGUAUUUUAAGGACUACUCAUUGUACAAAAUAAAAAAAAAAAAAUUGAAGUAUUUAAUGUAAUGUAGAGCUAACAAUAUUAACUCUAGUUUUUGCUGUUGCUGAGAAUAAAGUUGUGAUAAAUAACCUUUUC